AAUUCUCUUCUUUUCAAUUACUCUCUGAUCACAACGCCAUCACCAAAACGCUACAAGGGUUUCAGGUUGAAAUAAGUGAUUUGUAUAAUCAAAAUGUCAUCUCCGAGCAAGAGAAGAGAAAUGGAUGUUAUGAAAUUGAUGAUGAGCGAUUAUGCAGUGGAGACGAUAAACGAUGGACUUAGUGAAUUCAAUGUUGAGUUUCAUGGUCCAAAAGAAAGUCUUUAUGAAGGCGGUGUCUGGAAAAUUCGUGUUGAGCUUCCUGAUGCUUACCCAUAUAAAUCCCCUUCUAUUGGCUUUGUGAACAAAAUAUUCCAUCCUAAUGUCGAUGAGUUAUCUGGCUCUGUAUGCUUGGAUGUUAUUAACCAAUCUUGGAGCCCAAUGUUUGAUCUUCUAAAUGUCUUUGAAGUUUUUCUUCCACAACUCCUGCUUUAUCCAAAUGCUUCAGAUCCUCUCAAUGGCGAUGCAGCAUCGUUAAUGAUGAAGGAUAAAAAGUUGUAUGACCAGAAAGUUAAAGCUUAACCUCCCGGGCGAAUCACAUCUGGACUUUGGUUUGUAAUGAUAAAACCGUCCUUGUGCUGCGGACCCGUAUUUACUCCCUUUUUAUUCUCCUAACACCCGCCCUGCCCAGAUCAGGAAGUUGUAUCAUGCAAUGCAAUGGUUCAGCAUUCUAUAUUUUGACCAAAGGCUGUAAAUUAUUCAAACACGAUGAUAUUUUUUGUACCCGAGACUGCUUCAUGUAUUUCUUAAUGUCUGGAUUUAUUUCUAAAGUUAGGAUGCUUUGGUGAAUGGGGGGCUAUUUAAUGGUGAAAAAAGAUAUAUAAACAUUGCUCUGCUAUUUGUGG